CAUUAUAAGAUUCUUCACAUCAUCUAUCGUGGGCGGCGCCUCACCUGAAACGACCCUGACCCGAUGGUACGGUGCACGCACGCGUUGCUCCUCGUGCUUGCUCUCGCCUGCGUCGCCCUUGUCUACAAGCGCGCAGCGAUGUUGCCUUGGGCGCUGCACGGCGCUGAACCGCGCGGCCACGACAAGAAGACCAUGGCGAUCACGGGGGGGCAGGAGGUUCCCGGUCGUGCAGCGUACGGCGAUGGCGCGGCGGUGGGUAACGAUGGCGUUGGGCCAGCGAGCGGAGCGGCGCCGCGGUUGAAGCUUGCGCGGCGGCUUCUGCUGGGGACCAAGGGCGGCGAGGACUCGGCGGCCGGGCCCUCGUGCCACUCCAACAACGUGCACAUCAACUGCACCCCGCCGUCGCCGCACUGACGAUUGACCGGACUGGAUGUGGACGUCUGAUACUCAGUCGUAGUCUCUUUCUGGUCCAGUUUCAUUGGUUCUUUCGUGAUCGUUUGAUGCAGAUACUCCCUUC